UGAGUGAGUUGAAGCGGCGGCCCUCGUUGCCAUGCUGUGCCGUUCUCUCGUUCGUCGCUGUCAGGCUGGGCCGCAGGGUCUGCUGCCAAAGUUUUCCUUACACCAUCUUUUAGGGUGCUAUCAGUGUACUAAGGAAGAUGAACACUCUUCCUAUGGAGAAAUGGGAAUGCCAGUUCCACCAUUUGGCUGUGCCUUUUCAACAGCUCCAGAUGUGCAGCAUGUUCUUGCUGUUGCGAACGAAGAGGGUUUUGUUAGGCUGUAUGAUACCCACACCCAAACAAGAAGCAAGCAGAUUGCUAGAGAGUGGCAGGCUCACUUAAAUGCUGUUUUUGAUCUUGCCUGGAUGCCCACAGAACACAAAAUAGUUACUGCUUCAGGAGACCAAACUGCAAAAGUCUGGGAUGUAAGGACCGGUGAGCUACUGGGAGUAUGCAAAGGACACCAGUGCAGCCUCAAAUCUGUUGCUUUCUCUAAAUUUGAGAAAGCUGUAUUUUGUACGGGAGGCAGAGAUGGAAACAUCAUGGUGUGGGACACUCGGUGCAAUAAGAAAGAUGGAUUUUACCGACAAGUGAAACAAAUAACUGGAGCCCACAACAUCAUAGACAAGCAGACACCAUCCAAAUUAAAGAAGAAAAAGCAGAGCAUUAAAGGACUUGCUCCCUCAGUGGAUUUCCAACAGAGUGUGACUGUGGUACUGCUCCAAGAUGAACACACCUUAAUCUCAGCAGGAGCAGUUGAUGGUGUAAUCAAAGUCUGGGACCUGCGCAAGAACUAUGCCACUUAUCGCCAGGAUCCAGUGCCAUCAAGGUCUUUCAGCUACCCUGGGAACAGCACUCGUAAACUUGGCUAUUCUAGUCUUAUUUUGGACUCCACUGGUACCAGCCUCUUUGCUAAUUGCACUGAUGACAAUAUAUAUAUGUUCAGCAUGCCAAGUUUGAAGAACACUCCAGUGUCCAGUUUUAGUGGACAUCAAAACUCCAGUUUCUAUGUCAAAUCCAGCAUCAGUCCUGAUGACCAGUUCUUAAUCAGCGGCUCAAGCGACCAGACUGCCUGCAUCUGGAAGGUGUCUGAGCCCCAGCUCCCUCCCAUGAUGCUCCAUGGCCAUUUGCAAGAGGUUACCUCUGUUUCCUGGUGCCCAUCUGACUUCACUAAGAUUUCCACAUGUUCAGAUGACAACACCGUAAAGAUUUGGCGCUUGAGGCGAGGCAUAGAGGAAGAGAACUGGCUAGACAAAAGCAACUUGGUGGGUUGGAGCUGCCAGAAGAAAGUGGGAGAACAAAAUGAAACAGGCACACCAAACAGCAAGCAUGGUACUCCCGCGAAAGUUCUUCCAAGCUGCAGCCCUCCUAUUUCUUCACCCCAGGCCGCUGCUUGUGCUCCAGCGUAUCUGGGAGAUCUUCCUCUUCCCACCAACACACCGACGUGGUCUUCAGUCAAACCUCCAGCCAGCACAGCUUGCACCUCCGUUCCAGCAAGGCAGAAGGAAACUACUCUGGGUUCUUCCUCCAAGCCAGCACCACCCUCAGUGAUGUCCAUUAGACAGUGGGUGACCAAGACUCCCCAUUUAUCUCCUCCUGUGAAAGGAGCAGAGAUGCCUACCCCACAAGGAGCCCUUGCAGGGGUUUGUGAGGCCACCGCCCCUUCCAAAUCGCCACAUUCCAGGUCUGAAAUGCGUGCCAAGCGGAGGCUGGAUUCCAGCAAAGAAGAAAAUGCAAAGUGCCUGAAAAGUUGCAACUGCGUGAUUGAACUAUACCCAGUGUUUAAAAAAUUUAGGCUGGAACAUAACACUUUAGUCAUAGAUUCAGAGUCAUGUGAGAAGGACUGGCUGACCCACAGUGGACCAGUGCAGGCUACUCCAAGCCUGAAUGAGCCUCCCCCUCCUGGGAAUUCUUGCCUCCCAAAUUCCACACACCUUGUCAAGGAAUCUUGUGGGAAAAUGACUGGCAAAGAGAACGGUUUUCCUGGCAAAAGAAGCUGGCUGUCUGAUCUGGGUGCUAAGCAACAGACAAACAAGAUCAGGAGCCCAAACGGAUCAGGCAACAGUGCCCACUUGUUGCGGAAUCUGAGCAUAAGACAGCAGGAAGCAGGGACGGGAGUGACAUCACCGGGGCCUAUUACAGCUACUUCUGUGCCUAUGAGGAAGAUAUGCACAUACUUUGAGCGAAAAUCACAGAAAAACUGA